AUGGCCGACAUCGAAGCAAGAGCACGCCAAUUAAUGGCAGAAGGACGAAGAAAGGUGCAGGGCAAUUUCUUCAGUUUCGGAGGUGACGGAGAGGUUCCUGAUCUCUUUAUCCAGGCAGGUGAUCUGUUCAAGGAGGCCAGGAAUUGGAAAGAAGCCGGAGAAGCAUUCCUGGAGGCGGCCGAGUUCUAUGCCGGACAAGGAGACUCGAAGCAUGACUGCACCACACAAUACGCCGAGGCUGCCAAUUGUUUCCGCACGAUUCUACCGGAGCGAGCAGUUCAAUGUCUCGAAAAGACUUCUGAAAUCAACACUGACAUGGGUCGUAUCAUCAUGGCGGCUGAAAAUCAAGUGAGCAUUGCCGAAUUGUACGAAACGGAAUUCCCCGACAAAGAACUGUGCAAGAAGCACUACCAACAAGCAGCCGAUUAUUAUGAAGCUGAAAAACAGGGAAUUCGUGCCAGCAAAUGUCUUGUUAAAGUAGCAAUGUAUUUAGCUGAGCUUGAGAAAUAUGCUCAAGCUAGUAAGGAAUUCGAGAAGAUUGCAUCCAAUGUAUCGGAUCACUCUACCCUUAAAUAUGCUGCUAACGAGUAUUUAUUCCGUGCUCUUCUCUGUCACUUGUAUAUUGAUCCGAUCAACACACAACACGUUGUUCAAAAAUACGAAAUGGCGUCCCCAUCGUUCUCAGAUUCUCGUGAAUGCAAGUUUGUUAAGGAGUUGUUAGCAGCGAUUGAGGAAAAGAAUGAAGAGACAUACACUGAAUCUGUUGCCAACUUUGACAGAAUUAGCAGACCUGACAACUGGUCUACUGAUAUGCUCCUCAAGGUGAAGCGGACUAUCGAGGGUGGUUACAAGGAGGACGAUAUGUGA